CGUCAAAAAUCUUGGUGGAGGUAAUUCCUACUUGAAUGCAGAGGUGCCCCAGGAUCUAAAAUCUCGAGCAGGCAAGAGUCUUACAUCCAAAGAGAAGGAAGUUUAAAAAAAGAAAAAGAAAAAAGAAGUGUACGAGCAACCUAUGGCCCCAUUAAUUCACAGGGCAUGAGUUAGACUAUUUUGUCUGCAUUUUCUUGAUUUUAUCCUAAGUUUACAAUGCAUUACAUAGAUCAGUCUGUUGUUGGUGGCAAAUUAUUUACGAAUCCAGAGGGGUCCCAUAAACGAAAGUCUCUAACAGGCAAAAGUUUUGCAUCAAAAAAGAAGGAAUCUCAAUCUGCGUGUAGAGAGGAGAAGAAUACAAGCAGAAGAGGACUUUUCGCAGGUAAAGAAAGUGGUUAUAUAAGCUACUUUCUAGGUCCAGAUGCUGAGGGCUCAAACAAAUUGAAAGGCAAGGGUGUAAUGACUCGUUCACAAUCACGUAAUGAUGUGAUUGGGAAGUUUGCUAAAAACAAGGAAAAGUUUGAAACAGAUAGCUUAGUAUUGCCAACAAUCAAUGACUGGAAUAUAAAACGUGGCAAAAGGUCCUGUCGAUCUUGGAAAUACCCUACAGGGCUGAGAUCCAGCCAGGUGCAUGGUUUGGGAAUUUUGGAACAAAAGGGCCAAGCUGCUCUAGAACAGCAACAAGGAGGGCAAGAAAGUGGUGCUAUAAGCAACUCGGUAAAUCUAGAUGAUCAGGGCUCAACCAAACUGAAAUGCAAAGGCAAGUGUACAACGCCUACUUCAAGUCAAAAGCCAGAGACUUUUCAAGAAAUGAUGAAUCGUCCCCCAAACGACCCUUUUUGGAAAGAAAUGAUGAAUCGUUCCCCAAACGACCCUUCUUGGAAAGCCUUUUUGGAGACAAAAAUCGACCUUUCUUUUCUUGAUUCGAUGUUAGAUGAAGUAUCGAAUACUCAUGCAAGCUCCAGUAAUGUUGGUCCUCAGCAACAAGGAGGGCAAGAAAGUGAUCCUUUUUGGAAUAAAUUCGACUUCUCUUUUCUUGAUUCGAUGGAUGAUGAAAUAUCCAAUACUCAUGCAAGCUCCAGUAAUGUUGGUCCUCAGCAACCAAGCUCGGAGUCAAACACAGAAGAUGAAGCAAAGUAAAAGGGGUGGGUUUUUUGCAGUAAAAGUUUGAGGGUGAAAGUGAAGUUUUAGAGGGGAAUGCUAGUUAUGAAACUGUUGGAAUAUACUUUUUUGGACAAGAGUGCCUUUGUUAUGGUAGAUGUUUUUAGAUAUAGUUGUUGGGCUAUGAUAUUGUCAAGUUGUUUGCUUUGCUUCUUUUCUUAGGUGCUUGCAUGUCGCUCCUGUGUCUUGAGUUCCCACAACCGUGAGAGGAUAUUUGUAUUGUCAAUGCUUCCUCAAUUCCCUGUACAAAACAUUUUGUUGUCUUGAGUUUGCCUUGAGAUGGAGGAAGCCGUCUCCUGUACAAAAUAUUUUGUUGUUCACUUUUCCUCAAUUCCCUAA